UUUUGCCUCCCGUAUCACUGUAUAAAGGUUAGUCGGGCCCGGGGCAGCAGAUGCCCAUGCCCAUGAUGACAAGCCCCGUGCAGCCAGUGCAGCCAAGUCAACCCCACGAUGCUUCCGUGCAUCCAGAAGACGGAGCCGCCUCGUUGGCUUCUGCCGAGUUGGAACGGCGGGUGGCGCUGCUGGAAGCUCAGCUGGCACAAGUCCUCAAGGAGAACAACCGGCUGACACCAGUUUCUCCAAGGGGCGCACUGGCUACAGCAGCAGAGGCGCCUCCUGGCGACUCAUCGGUGGCAUUGUCCGUCCAGGCCGAGGUCAUGGAGAAGCGCAAGUCCGUCAAGUCCGUGGUGACCGAGUCGCCUAUGGAGGAUGACUUCCCCAUGUGUCCCAGCAUUUGGGACGCUGCUAUCCUGAUUUGCCUUGGCUCCUCCUCAGCACCUGGCUGGGAUGUGCGGCUGUCUGACAAGGUGAUGAUCAUGAUGAUGUUUUGCUGCAACAUUGUCAUGCAGGUGGUCUUUUUGUUUGCAAUCGCCACCACCAUGAAUGGUGAUCCCUACAAGGGGGACACCAUUUCCUCCAUGAAGUACCAGCGCCUGUUCGAGGGGCACAGCUAUGAGCUCAUGGACCGUACGAGCAUGAGCUCACGCAUCGAGCGGGUUUGCAACCAGAACUGGCACAAUCGUUUGACCUCAACCUUCACCAGCACCAAAGUCUAUCUACAGAUCGGUGGAUUCGGCAUCCCAGGACAAUUCAUUUGUUUGGUGGCAGUUGGCAUUUGGAGUUUGACCAUGGCCAAAGAGAUCCGUGCCACUUUGGAUCAGCUGGGAGCUUUGCUGAUGCUCCCAAGCCUCAACCAGGUGAGUAGCGAGGACUGCUCGGGGCAGAUCAUCGCAAGUGAUGAUGGCUACACCAUCCCGCGGAUGUCCAAUCGACAGAAGAUCUUCGUUACGCUUGGCGUUUUCAUCCCUCGGCUUUUGAUCAGCCUCACUGCUUUGGUCGUGGGCACAACCUUCCUUGCAGACACGGCUAUCGUGAGCGAGUUGAUUUUGAACUGCUGCGCUUUGGAGAUCGUACAUUGUGUGGAUGAGUUGGUCUUCGAGUCCUUAGUCUCACGGAAGCUGCAGCAGUUGGUGCAAAAGACACGCAUUCGCUAUUUGAAGCAGAAGUCUGUGUGUCUCAGCUUCAUCACCCCCGAGAGUGCUGGUGAAGGGACGCCCGAGGAGGGGAGCAAGUCCCAACUUUUGAUGUGUGGACGGAUGUUCUAUUUGAUGGUCAUCCUCAUUAUUGCAUGGGUGACCACCUUGCAGCCGUUGGUGGGACUCGCGGAGACCGCCUAUGAGGCUGUGUGUGGCAGGCAGUUGGACGUGGCCUACGUGACGCAUCCCGCAGCCGGGCUGCCGGUCUUCGCAGAGAUCCGCGCCGAGACCAAGGCGUCGUCCAUCAGUUGCUUCUACGCAGCUCAACAUGAGGCCAUUGCGAUGCGCGUGGGCUUUGACCCCGUUCACUUUCCCAGGAACGACACCCUCAAUGAGCUGUUGAAUGGUACGCACCCUCUUUGCACUUCUCUCGACGACUACUGCCCGAAUGUCCCCUUGACACAGCUGACAGCACUCAACAAUGUGGCGGGCGAAGUCUUUGAUACAGACAUGUGCGGAGAUGAAGAAGUGCUACUCCAGGUCUUACGCUUGACCUGUGGAAGCCCAGACUGGUCGAACCAUCAUGGUAUCGAAGCCCUCGCCCAGAUCUAUUCAUGUGCCGACGUCAGGCCGUACUGUGUUUGCAACAGUGUCACAUGUGUGGAGGAGGAUUACCAGAACGGCACCCACUCGAACGUGUCCAUGAGUUGGGAAUGGGCCGAAGUCUUGGCCGGGAUUUGUGCUCAGACCUGUAAGAAAUGCAGGACACCGGUGGUUGUUGCACGAUGAGCUGCUGGCGACUUGGGCCCCUGCACGACGACUGACCUCUUUGUGUCUCGCCGUUCGGCGCUGUCAAAAGACACUCGCCCUGUUUGUACCACUUUUUGGCACCAGCACCUCGCCACGCGCAAUGCGCGUAGCCUCCCAGAAGGUGAUUCCACAUGGGCCACUUCGGUGAAUCCGUGGGACAAACCCAGCAGUUGGUGG